AUGUCUGAAUCAUAUCGUAGUCGUUUAAGUUUAUUUCAACAAGGUGUUGAACAAGCGUUGGAUGAUUCACAAUAUAAUCGAGAAAAAAUUCUUAAAUUAAAUGAUCCUAUGUUAUUAGUUGCCGAGAAUACACAUUUGUUAUCGGAAGAAACGAAAAAAUGGGAACAUAAAAGCGCUCAAGCUGCUAAACAAGCAAAAAAACUUUAUAAUACACAAUGGUGGGAAUCAAAAUUAUGUAAAAUAUUCUUUAUUGUUUUGUUAAUCAUUGGACUAGUAAUAGGAUUUAUAUUUAUUGGAAAUCAUUUUAUAUGGAGUACUUCAAGACAAAUUAUACAACCUAAAAGUGUUACGACAAAAGAAACAAAUGUAUUUAAAAUCAAACAAAAUAAGAGAAAGAAUAAAAUUUUAUCAACCAUUGAUAUUAGAUUUAUUAAUGAUAGAUAG